AUGCGACCCACUGUGGCGUGUUUCCCUGUAGUACUUUUUUAUACAUCCUUUUUACUCACAGGAGUUUACAAGGCCUUUAGCGCAGAAAAUGUAACGACACUUUUCGCUGUCCAACCCAAUGGCACGCCUGCACCUACAUUACCAUCUGGGUACUCGGUAGAAGAUGAUGGAACGACCGUGUUUACUCCAGAAGCUUCUGGCGUCUAUGUCGCAGAAGUAUUGCAUAGCCGAAUAGUCGUUCACGGACCUUCCACUGCGCUAACUCUACUCUGGUUGCUUACAUGCUCAUCUGGUGUUCCUGAAGUUACUUUCUCGGAGGAUGCUUCGAGCCUUCGUAUCGAUACGCGCCCACAAAUAGGCGCGCAUGCCGAUAUAGGAUCAUUGGAAUGUGUACUGGACAAGAAUUCUUCGACCGGAAGAUGCUCGACGUAUACACAAUUUACCACUUUCUCCGGAAAUUUGGUACCGAUCGCCACUGUCGUUGUGUCAUCCGCUGGUGAAUCUGUAGGGAAAGUGGCUCCGUGUUGCCUCUCAGCUUUGGUCAAGAGUAUCGGAGUGCUGUAUGCCUUUACCUUGAUGAUGAGUUUGGUACAUUAA